ACCGACUGUUUGGCGUUCAGGGCCGCAAGACAGCUUCUCCCAGGUCUUUCUUUGCUCGAGAUGUCCUCCCACUCUCCGUUACUAAGCAGCAGCAGCCCUAAUCCCGAUUCGUAAUCCGACCCCUGAUUUGCAAAGCCACUGCCGGCGGCAUCUGCUUGUUCCUGCGGCAAACUUCCGUCUCAUCCAAAUCCUUUUCUUCAUCUUGCCCAUCGCCUGGUUGCACUCUUCGCAAGUCUCCAAUCCGGCACCAAGCUCCAAGGCCAAGCAUCUAAGGCUCUCCCCGACUAAUUCCACUUCGUCUGCUAUCAUCGGAUCUUCAAAGAUCGAUCCAUCCUGUCAUAGGGCGUUGACUUGGACGCCAUACGAUAACGUGACCCCGGGGGCCGACCGCCCACGCCAUGUCAUCCGGAGCAACAUCCCUCACUGAGAAGCCGGCGGACCCUGCCGUCGAAUUCCCCGCGGAAAACGGCCGCAAUGAGUCCAGCCUCGAAGCCAACCUUCCCGCCGACAAGGAACAUGAGUCGGCGGCUGCGCCCGACCCGAACGCAUCUCCGAGGAAGAUCCACGGCAUCUUGUGGGUUCUAGUGGUCGUUGCUAUCCUGUCUAGCAUCUUCCUCUAUUCCCUCGACAACACUGUCGUCGCCGACAUCACGCCGGCCGCCGUCAAUGCCUUUGGCAAUGUGUUGAAGCUGCCAUGGCUGUCCGUAGGAUUCCUUCUCGGCGGAGCAGGCGUGGUGCUUCCCUUCGGGCGGCUGUAUGGUCUGUUCGAUGCCAAAUGGCUGUACAUCCUGUCGUCGAUCCUCUUCAACGUCGGCUCGGCGCUGUGCGGCGCAGCGCCCAACAUGGAUGCCCUCAUCGUCGGCCGCGUGCUUGCGGGAAUGGGCGGCAACGGCAUGUACCUCGGCGUCAUGACGCUUCUUUCCGUCAACACGUCGGACCGUGAGCGGCCAGGCUACCUGAGUUUCGUCGGCCUGGUCUGGGGCAUCGGCACGGUUUUGGGUCCCGUGGUCGGCGGUGCCUUUGUCGAAUCGUCGGCCACGUGGCGGUGGGCCUUCUACAUCAACCUCUGCGUUGCCGGACUCUUCGCCCCUGUGUACCUGCUUUGGAUCCCGUCCUUCAAGCCGCGCCCGGAGUCCAAGGCGCUGGCGCUGGUGCGUGAGUUCGACUGGGUCGGCACGCUGCUGAGCGCGGCGGCUAUCAUGUGUCUGGUCAUGGCCACGAAUCUCGGCGGGGCGUUGUAUGCGUGGAACAGCGGGCAGAUCAUCGCGCUGUUCGUCGUCUCUUUCGUCCUGUUUAUCGCCUUCGGCAUCCAGCAGACCUACACGAUUUUCACGAGCCUGACGGGCCGGCUCUUCCCCGUGCAGUUCAUGCGCAACUGGAACGCGGUGCUCCUGUUCUGCUGUGCCGCUGCCGUCAACACGGCUGGAUUCGUGCCCAUCUACUACGUGCCGCUCUACUUCCAGUUCACCCGGGGCGACAGCGCCAUCACGGCUGCCGUUCGGCUGCUGCCGCUCAUCUUCGUGCUGAGCGCCGCCAUCCUCGCCAACGGCCACCUCAUGUCGCGCUUCAGCUACUUCCAGCCGUGGUACAUUUUCGGAAGCGUCCUCACUUUGAUCGGUGGCGUCUUGCUGUCCCGCAUCACAGCACAAACGCCCGAGGGCCAGAUCUACGGCUUUGAAGUGCUGGUUGGCAUCGGCACGGGCUGCUUCAUCCAGGCCGGCUACGCUGUUAUUCAGGCCGUCACCCCGGCGGCCGACAUGGCCUAUGCCAUCAGCUUCAUGAUGCUGGGCCAGCUGUGCGGCAUCGCGCUCGGCCUGGCCAUCGCCGGCGCUGUCUUUAUCAACGACGCCAUCGCCAACCUGGCCCGGGUCCUGCCCGACCUGUCGCGCGAGCAGCUGCAGCUGGCCAUCUCGGGAACCAGCGGCGCCUACCUGCGCUCCCUCUCGCCCGAGCUGCGUACCGCUGCCACCGAUGCCAUCGUCCAAGCGCUCCAGAAGGUGUUCAUCCCCGUCUAUGUCGGUGCCGCUUUCAGCCUGGUGCUUUCCGUCUGCUUUACGCGCCGGAAAAUGUUCAAGGACACCGUGGCCAUUGCGGCCUGAGGCUCCCGCAGUCGGCGGCGUCGUACAAGUAACAAGUAUUCACACCGUAUCAGAAAGGAUGCAUAGCUCUGAAGGUGGGCUGGGGUGUUUCCCAGAAUCGCCCUGACGAAUAUCAACAUGUCUCUUCUUUAUCGUCAAUUCGACCCGUGCGGGUAAUGGAAAAGUUAGUGAUGUGACCACAGGUAAUCAUCAUGUAAGGAAAGGAAUCGGAUUUUGGACUGGCAAUACCACAGGGAUUCAGCUACUGCUGUUGGGAGUGUCUUGGCUCAGGGCCAAGCAUCAUUCAAGCAUCAUUCAAGCAAAGGAGGUUGGAUUUUAGACUGCUCUCAAUACACGAGAUUCUAC